AAAGUUUGUUUACGUUGAUGUACUUUUCACAAGGCAUAAACAACAUUUUACCGGGACGGUGGCUUGUAAAAAUUUAUCCUAAACAUGAAUUUGGAACCGAUAAAUAGUGCUUUGUCUCAGCUGCGUGUUUUACGGUCGAGUGUGGGUUUGGUUUUCGAAACUCUGGGAACAGGAGUACGUGCUGACCAUGGCGAAGAAGGAAAGGAACAAAAGUUUCUCCAAGAGCUGCAGGAGCUUCUCAAUUCCGUGAAUGCAAAUCUCAAGGACUUUGAAUCCUGCAUAAAUGAUCUAACACCUUCGCAGACACCGCUAAAUCUGGCUAAUUCCGCUUACCUGUCGCUGGAGACUAACCUCGAACGACAGGCACUGUAUCCGCAUCUGGUGCAAAGUUAUAAAUGGCACGACAAACUGCACGAGUAUAGCACCUUCGCCUCGACUCUACUGCAGCAAAACUCAUUGAAACGCUCAUACUACACAAACACCAAACGAAGACGUUCGCUUCCAUCGAGCCAUCUGGCCACUCCGCAAAUGGUGGAAAAUCUAAUCGGAAGCAUCCAUUACAAUAACAUGAACCUGAAAAUUGCGCGGCCUUUCAUGACGAAUGCCAUUUUGCAUAUUACAAUUGCCCGCGUUUUGCGAGCAGCAGUGAUACUGAAGGGACUCCUGAUCGAAUGGGUAACGGUGAAAGGAUACGAGGAGUCCUUGCUGGAUGGCGUAGAUGAGCAGUGGACUGAAUCAAGGCAUCAGGUUUUUAGGAAAGUGCAGGACCAUGCACAUUCGGCAAUGCUGCACUUUUUCUCUCCCACCCUGCCAGAACUGGCCAUCCGAAGCUUCAUAACAUGGUUCAGGAGCUACGUCACACUGUUCGCAGAUCCUUGCAAAAAAUGUGGCAAACAUCUUCACAAUACGUUACCUCCGACCUGGCGAGACUUAAGAACGUUGGAACCAUUUCAUGAAGAGUGCAAACAAUAAGCCUGGUUUAAUAUUAUUGCAUUUAUCAAUUAUUUUAUAUUUACCCCAUAACAAAAAGGACGUUUUGGUUAGCUCCAAGUAUGGAUUUUCGUUACGUCUGAUCUAAUUUUCGUAUGCAAAAUAAAAAAUGAAUUAAAACA